AUGGCGGAGAACAAUCAAGGGCCGCUGCCAACGCUGGCAGAGUACAAGAAAUCCCAGGCACGCGUGCGCGAACUUGUCGAGAAGCGGAGACUUUUGGAAAAACGGCUGAACCAGGUAGAGGAGAGCAUCCUCACCAAAGAAGCAUCGUAUCUCGAAAGCACCCCGAGCGGCAACAUCAUCACUGGAUUCGACAACUACAUGAAAGGCAUCAGCGGUGCGGCCGCGCAAAGACGAAAAUCAGGACCAGCGGACCAAAAUCGUGUCUUCUCCAAGUCUUCCAUGUCAUAUAGGCCGAACAACGGGGAUUCGACACCCGGAUCGACACCAGCAUCACAUGCGCCGACGCCUGUGUCGGCGACUUUUCGAGACAACGGGACUCCUUUGUCUGCGGCGGGGAGCAAGAAUAGCAAAUCGAAGAAGAAGGUAGCGGUGGCGGCAACGCCCGCAGAUAAGGAGGUGGAGGACAGUGAGAAUGACGGGGGCAUGACCAAGAAGAGAACCAAUUUCGGAGCAUCAAGAAAGUAG